AUGAACCCCGUCAACACCAAGCCCUACCAGCUCCCCGCCGAUGCAACCUGGUUCAUAACCGGCUGCUCCAGCGGUAUCGGCCGCGCGCUGGCCACGCACGUCGCUGCUCAACGCGGCCACCGCCUCAUUGCGACCGCCCGCAACCCUGCCAGCCUCUCCUACCUGCCCGACGACAACCCCUCGAUCCUCAAGCUCGCACUGGACGUGACCUCCCCCGAGGCGGUGGACGCCGCCUUCGAGGCCGCGGCAGCCCACUUCGGGGACAGCUACUACAUCGACGUGCUGGUCAACAACGCAGGCUACCCGCUGUCCGGAGACAGCGAGGCCGUGACCGAGGCGGAGAUGCACGACGAGUUCGAGACCAACUUCUUCGGGACGGUGCGCGUCGCCCUGAAGGCUGUGGCGGUGAUGCGGCAGUCGCCCACGCGCCGCGGUGGGCUCAUCUUCAACGUCUCCUCCGUGGCGGGCGUGUGCGCCUUCCCGGGACAUGCCUUCUACCACGCCAGCAAGUUUGCAGUCGAGGGGUGGACCGAGUCGGUGGCACGGGAGAUGCACCCUGAUUGGAACAUCAACUUCUGCAUCGUCGAGCCCGGCGCCGUCAAGACCAACUUCGAGACGACCAGCAAGAAGCACAUCAAGCCGCACGAGGCCUACGCCGCGCCCGAUCUGCCAGCCAGGCAGCUCGAGGUGUUUGUGAAGAAGGGGCUCGAGGCGGGCGUCGGGGUGCAGCCCGAGCAGGUGGCGCAGGUGUUGUAUCAGGUGGCGGCCCGCGGCGAGAAGGUGCCGCUGUGGUUGCCGCUGAGCGGGACGGCCAUCAUGCUCAUCACGGCCAAGCUGAACGGCAGACUGCAGGAGCUGGAGAGUAACAAGGAGUUGAGUGCGAUCGACAAGGACCAGGCCCAGUUCAAGCUUAACUAGAGUGUCUGGUUUGCCUGUUGUCCUCGGGGUCUAUGUUGACAUUCACUUAUUUGGAGUGAUGAAGCGAUGUAGAAGACUGGAUACAAAUCGAUGGUUCUUUAUCUCAAUACGCAUUUUGACAGUGUUUCGCCGCUCGAAUGAAAGGAAUUUCAAGAUAUCCAAUUAGUUUACGGUGUGCUUUAAGGAUACUAGAAUUAUCGACUUAGGCGGAGAGCCUAGCUUCUACAUAGAAUAGAGUACUAGGUACGGG